UGCUCUAUCUGUACUGUCAGCCGAAAGUAAAAUGGCAGACAGUUUUUUGCUUAGUGAUGCUUUAUCUGGGCCUGGAAAGCCAAACCCUCAAGGAUGGCCUGGCUCAUGGGGGAACCCACCUCCUGGGGCAGGGGGCUACCCAGGUGCCUCCUAUCCUGGGGCCUACCCUGGGCAGGCACCCCCAGGGACCUAUCCUGGGCAGGCACCUCCACGGACUUAUCCUGGGCAGGGGCCUUCUGGUGUAUACCCUGGCCCUACAGCACCUGGAGCUUAUCCCGGACCACCUGCACCUGGAGGCUACCCGGGACAACUGGGUGGGUCUGGGGCUUACCCACCUCCUGGACAGCCCAGUGUUCCUGGAGCCUACCCUGCUGCUGGCCCCUAUGGCGCCGCUGCUGGACCACCGGUAAUUUCCAGCAACUGGCGCAGCGAUCAGGAUCCUAAAGGCAGAAGCCUUGACCAGAGUGAAGGAGAUUCCCGUACAGCGUCCCAGAGACCCGGACAAGGCUUCGAGCCACCGUCUCCAGGAAGGAUGACGGACAAACGAUGUGUAUCCCCAGCAGAAGAAUCAAGCCCAGAGUGUCCACCCGAGGGGAAAAAGCAGAGGAUCCCACCCUCUACGGCUGAAGCCCUGACCAAGGAUUCUCAAAAGAAGAAAACAAAGUACAAGAAGCCCCGAUCCGCCAUGACAAAACAUUCAGAACCCAUAACAUGGGGCAAGCUGAAGAGGACCUAUCAGGAAGCAGACAAGAUACUGGAUCAGACAUCUGUACCUAAAACGUCUGCAAACCUUUUUCUUGCUAUGAUCAGUGCAGUGAGCAUGGCGUCUAGAAAAAUCCCCGAAGAAGACGAGACUCCGGAGACCAACGUCUCGCAGUGAUGGCUAUCAAACUUCAUCAGUUUUUUUCUAAAAAGAAUGGGUGAGAUGUUGGGAAAUAGGGUUAAGAGACAUGGAAAGUUUCAGGAGUUUUGCAGGACUUUUGUCUUGAAGGAAUCUGUGGGCGUAUUACUUCACAGAGCAAAAGCUGCUUAGCAACAAGGGAGACAUUCCACCCAUCAGGGAUAACUGCAAGGCAGCGCCUGGAGCUUGUGCAAGGCAGAGCUCAGCAUAGGGCCCAAGGCUAAGAAACUGAUUGAAAAAUGCCAGCCCAGCAGACAACUUGAAGCCGGAACCAUCAUAAACUUCAACAAGGCUAUUCCUGCUUCACUUCUGACCACAUGUCUCGGUAUAUAGAGAAAUAGAUUAGGUUAGUAUGCAGGCUCAGUGUUCCUGCUUUAUGCAUUUUUAUCUUUAACUUGUAUGCUCAGCUAGGUC